AUGAGGCCACAGCAGGCACCAGUGUCUGGGAAGGUGUUCAGCAGUGGCACACGCUGCCAGUUCCAGACCAAGUUCCCCCCGGAGCUGGAGAACAGGAUUGAUAGACAGCCAUUUGAAGAAACAGUUCGAACUCUAAAUAACCUUUACACAGAAGCAGAGAAACUUGGAGGCCAGUCAUAUCUUGAAGGCUGUUUGACUUGUUUAACAGCAUAUAACAUCUUCUUAUGCAUGGAAACUCAUUAUGAGAAGGUCCUGAAGAAAGUCUCCAAAUACAUUCAAGAACAGAAUGAGAAGAUAUAUGCUCCCCAAGGCCUCCUCCUAACAGACCCCAUUGAGAGAGGACUUUGAGUUAUUG